GUCGGCGCGAGAUGGCCGCCAGCUCAGGCGCGCAGUCCUCUUCGGGCGCGCCAUCGACGCUGGCCCAGCAGUACGAGCAGGAAGAAGAUAGCCCGAUCUCCUUCGAGCUGGCGGUGAAGCCGGUGCACCUGCCGCUCAUGGACGAGCUCACUUCGCGCGCAAAGCCAGGCACGCUUCCCGUGACGCACCUCGUCGACGUGUGCUUGGGCGUCGAUGACGAUUUCGACAAGGUCGCCGUGCUGGGCCUGAUGCAGAACCACGAGCAUCUCCAACUCCCAGGCGUUCUCCGCCCGAAGGCCGUGAUAGCAUUCAACUUCCACAUGAACCUGCGCAUGCUUCCAGCCGAGAACAACAAGGUUGAGGUGUUCAAGCACUUCGUGUUCGACGGGAAGCCCCAUCUCGACAUCGCGCGGCGCGUGUGCCAGGGUGGCGCGAUCUUGGUGAAUUUCGGAGCAAACAAGAGGUUUGGACCGUCAGCUUUCAUCUACCUUUUCCAGCGCAUGGGCGGCUUCCAGGUUACGUGCCAUACCUUCAGGACGAAGUCGGGCAAGCGCUCCGACAGGAUGGAGACGGCGCAGCAGAUCUCCGACGGUUACGACUUCAUCGAGAAGAACAAGCACUUCUUCACCAAGAGAGGUUGCAAAAUGCGCCGCUGGGUCGACACAGAGACGCAGAGGGAGGAAUCUCCGAUCUUCGGCUGGAACGUCGGCCGCGUCCUCGCUGCCAUCAAGGACCUGAAGGAAGCGGACGCCCAGGCAGCGCCCGAGGAGGAGUAUCCGCUAUUCUGGUGCCAUAUCCAGCCGUGGCUCCAGGCCAUCCUCGAAAAGCACAUGGACAAAUGGGACGAGGACGCGCAGCUGUGGCUUGGAAUCGGCGGGAGCGGCAAGUCCAGCGUGCAGUACAUCGUCGGUUUCGCCAUGGCGCGCUACCGCAUCUUCAAAAUGGACCUCGUCGGCGCGACGGCCGGCGUUCGCUCCUCCACGGACUUCGACCACUUCCGCGAGGACGCUGGCCAACCGCACAUCUCUACCAUGUUCGACGAUGGCGAUCUGGACCGAAUGCCUCCGAGAAAGAUAAAGGCAUUUUUCGAUAAGAAGAAAAAGUCUCAUAUGACAACGGAAAGGUAUUCGAGCACCAAGUUCGACGGCAAGGAGCAUCACAGCGCGGGGGACAAUAAGGUGGACUUGGACGCAGAGCCCCACAUCACCCUCGACGGUCAGAGGCAUCCACAGUCGAAGGGCUUCGGGUACACUGGCAUUACCUACCAGGUUUUCGCCAAGAUGUUCCGGCCUGCGUUCCACGUGGAAAUGAGCCAGCCUGACAUUGAUGCCGUAUUGCGACGCGUGCAAGUAUGUGUGAACACGGAGAAGUCGUUCUUCGUGCGCCCCGCUGGAGUCUGCGACGAGGUCAAGAUCGAGCGCUACGAGCUCAAGACGCCGAAGUUCAUCACUGACGAGGCACUCCAGAUCCUGAAGCGCUGGAAGAAGACUGGCGAGCUCAUCCCUGUGGCCGCGAGAACCCAGAUGGAGGCAGAGGAACUCGAGCUAUUCAAGAAGAAGCUGUGGUCUGGGGGCGGCUCGGCCAGCAGCGCUGCCGCCGCUGGGGGCGCCGAGAUCGACUUGGACGACGUCUCGUCGCCGAGCGGGCCGAGCAAGAAGAUGCGCGCGGGUGGCGACGCCGACGCCGCGGGCAGCCGCGCGUCGCAGGGCGAGGGGGGCGACCACAUCGUCGACUAG